GACUUUCAGAGUGAUGCAACAGACGACUUUUGAGGAAAGCCGGUACCGUUGGCAGGACUCGUUGGAGAAUGUCGCUGUGUGCCUGCCAUUCCGCUGCCCGAGGUGUGGAGACCAUACCAGAUUUAGAAGCUUGUCAUCCUUGAGGGCCCAUCUGGAAUUCAGCCAUAGUUAUGAGGAGCGGACCCUCCUGACAAAAUGCAGCCACCUGCCAGAGCUAGUCAGGUCCUCGGAACUCCCAAAGCAGGGGAAACUGCUCCGGGGCCACGCAAAGGUGACCAAGCAGAAGCCGAGCUAUGUUAACUUGUACAGCAUCUCCCAUGGGCACUCCAAGGACCCGAAGCCCUUUGAGAUGGUGGCAGAGAGGCCCGUGUCCUAUGUGCAGACCUACACGGCCGUGGACAUUCGGGCUGACUCUCUGGAAGCCCCGGGAUCGAGCCCUGGACUUCCCACCCCAGACACCAAAGGUGCUUUUGAGGCCCACGUCCGAGAAAAGUUCAAUCGCAUGGUAGAGGCUGUAGACAGGACCAUUGAGAAGAGAAUCGAUAAACUCACCAAAGAGUUGGCCCAGAAAACCGCGGAACUGUUGGAGGUCCGGGCAGCCUUCGUGCAGCUGACUCAGAAGAAGCAGGAAGUUCAGAGGCGAGAACGCGCCCUGAACAGACAAGUGGACGUGGCGGUGGAAAUGAUUGCGGUGCUGAAACAGCGCCUCACACAAUCCGAGGAGGAGCUCCUGAGGAAAGAGGAAGAAGUUGUCACAUUCAACCAUUUCCUGGAAGCGGCUGCUGAGAAGGAGGUUCAAGGGAAAGCAAGGCUCCAGGACUUCAUUGAGAACCUCUUGCAACGGGUAGAACUGGCAGAAAAGCAGCUGGAGUACUAUCAAAGCCAGCAGGCCUCCGGCUUCAGCCGUGACACUAGCAAGCACGUGAAGCCGAGGGCACGCACAUUCUGUGUGUAACCACCCAGAGCUGAGGGCCCAUUUCCACCUGAAGGGGAGGAGCUAUCUGAAGAAAGCCAAGGAAGAAAGAGCCGGGAUGCAGCCUGCCAAGGCCAUUCACGAACAGGCUGAGUCUCCAAGAGAAUUCUUCAGACCAGCUAAGAAAGGGGAGCAUCUGGGCCUGAGCCGGAAAGGCAACUUCAGGCCCAAACUGGCUAAGAAGAAGCCUACAGCUAUUGUGAAUAUCAUCUAGAGCUGAUAUUCCAUGAGGAGAUACGGGUGGCUCAGAGGCAUCACCAUGGGGCUUGGGGAAUGAUGUUCCAGGGGCCAACAGGGUUGUCCUUUUGGACAUGUUGCCGUAGGAAGACACAGCAGAACAAGGGACACACAGGGACACCCUGAUUAGCCAGAAUUUAACGGAAGGGGGUCCCCAUGAACCAAGAUUGUAUUUCAGUCUGCUUGAGGUUCAAACAAAGCAAAUCACAAAACCAAUAAGAAAUAAUGAAGUAAAAUUUGAAGCACUUUUAUCUUACAGUUCUGGUAAACAUGAACCCAUAACUUCUAAAAUAAUUGGCUCAGUCUCCAGCAGUCCUGGCAUCUGGGCUUCUAUGCAGUGGUCAUUAGUACUUGGGCCACACAAGAUGCCAGGCUCUGGUGUCCACUGCUCUCUGAAUUAUGGGGCAAGGAAUGUGACUGUGAGGUUCUACUUUUUAAUAUAUAUAUAUUGGUGUUUUGAGACAGGGCCUGGCUCUGCUAUGUAGCCCCGGCUGGCUUGGAACUUGAUAUACACCAGGCUGGCUUGGAACUUGCAGUAAUCCUCCUGCCUCUGCCUCCCGAGUGCUGGGAUUACAGGUGUAUGCCACCACACCCAGCUGGGAGUGUAAAAUUCUGGUGAGAGCAGUGAAAUGAAUGAUUUCUGUUCUUGUUUGUGUUUAAAAUCCCCUUGAUACAUUUGAAAGUCUCUCUAGUAAAAGUUCUGACUACCCCUGAGUGUCCUGGUUAAUCAAGACUUUAAUCUCCCGGGUGGUUUACGGAUGUGUUCAGUUAGACCUCAGUUCUCACUUUGCCAGAUGUCUUUUAGGUUUCUUUGAUUCAGAUCUGGGUUCCUUCAGAGCACAUUCAUUCAGAUUUGGGCGCACCCACCUGCCUUCUUCGGCUAAGCACGCCGCACCCUCAGAGCUGUCUGCCAGCCUCUAUCUAGAUAGCUGCUAAAACCCUUGGGGUGAGCAGCAUCACUGAUGGGAUGUCCAAGUGCUUGAAGUGCCAGAGGAGGGCACAUGCAGUGUACCAGGAACAUCCUGGACAUGCUGCCGGGUCGCCCAGCCUUCUGCUACCACCUGUUUCCCUGGAAGUACCACAGGCUUGCUAUCCAUUAACUGUGAGCAAGCAUGCCCUUCUCUUUGCUGUCUUCCUUUCCCACCUCACCUCCUGUUGCUUCUCUGACUAGAGCACACUUUCCCUCCUGUCAGCCAUACACUUAGGGUGUUCAUUGUGCGGUGAAUUCUAUUGCAAUUUCAGGAAAUAUAAAGGAUGCAUGUGAGAUCUGACCUCUGAUACUGUCCUCCGAAAAUGGUAUUGUUCCUGUAGAAGAACUCUCAAGAAUCUCCCAUUUUUAAAUGUUCUUCUAGAAGGAGAUUUCUUGUUUUUUCCUUAAACCGUACAAUACCAUCAGGUCUCUAGAGUAUACACAUGCUGACAUCCUUCCUAAAACAGGGAUCAUGUUGUCCAUAAGUAUAUACAUAUAUAAUACAUAUACUAUAUAUAUACAUGUCAAGCAUAUUAAUAAUUUAUUUUUAAAUACUCAUGGAAGAAGUGUGUGUUUGUGGUGGGUGGCUUUUAAACUAUAUAACUUUGCUUCUGUAAAUCAAAUUCUUUUACUUUAAAAAUGAAAGCUGUAACCUAAUUAACACUAGUAGAAUUAUUGUUAUUGCAACAAGCAUCUGAAUAGCAUUACAUUAAAAAUAGAUAAUAAAGCAGUUACUUAGGAUGCCAGUACAUUGAAAAGGAGAACUCAUCAUCGUCAGAUACUUUGAGCCUCUCCUCAUGGAAAGGCUCAUGCUUGAGUCCUCACUGACUUCUGGCUUCUGGGGGCAGAUCUUCUGUGUGGUGUAUAUAGGCAGAUACCAAGUAGGGAGAAGAACACAGCUGUGGAUGUCACUGUUGAGGCUGACGUUUUGGGCACUACAAUGUUAUCAUUUUUUUGGAUAAGAAAUCUCCUCCAUGGUUAUUUAUUAUUGAUGUUUAUGUCAUGAUUGCAUUUUAGCUUUCUCCAGACUGAAGAUGUUACUGGGUGAUUGUAUUGCAUGCUCCCUGUGCCCUGUAGUAUGUGCUCAACAACACCAGCUUGGUUUUGAAGAUAGUAGAGCCAGACUUGUUUAUUUAAAGUAAUUCAUUGUUGGUGUUUACUGAACAUGCCUAGGAGGAAUGACAGCCCUCUUUAACAGUGAUACACAGUCAUCUUUGGAAAGCACGGUAGUGUUGUAUCUACUCUAUAGACGUUACACAAGACAAAUAGUUUUGAGAUUUAAUUACUGAAUUAAAAACUUCUUUUAAGUUUCAGCUGGAUUCUGACCCCCAUCCAAGGAAAUGCACUAAGCUCAAUAGACUUCCUAGUGACAUAAGUCUGCUGUUGAAGUACGGGAACUGGCUCGGAGAGGGGAUUAUUCAUUCACACUACACCAUGGCCAAGUUCCAUGUAUGUGGACAUUUUUUUUUUUUUUGUUCCCUGAAGCAAUCAACCUUAGAUUUGAGACAGUGACUUUUUGAAUAGAUCACCAAAGGUUUUGAGAAACCAUAGUCAAGGUCCAACUCACAUAAAAAUCGGAUUUUAUUGUUUAUUUUGUAAGGGGAAAAGAUCUGUUCUAUCCUCCCAACCCUCCCCCAGAAACUAAGAACAUAUUCUUAUCUGUAAGUGUGGCUUGCUUGGAAGCUGUUUUCCAGUAUUCUGCAGAGCCAGUUAAUUGUAUAGAAGUUAGAAUAUUUCUGUUGCCAGGGUGAAAAAAGAGGAAGUUUUUAGAUUAUGAAAUAUUAUGAUAAUAAAGCUAUAUUUCUGACUAG